GUCACGCAAGGUCCUUCACAGCCCCACAUUCCCCGGCGCACACAGCUGCAGGAGGCUGGUAGCAUGGAGCUGAUCUCGGAGGCUGCCGGGCACUUCUCCCGCCUCUCCAUGUUUCCUUACUUCGAUGGCGCCCAUUACUUGGUGUCUGUCCUGUCAGCCCGGGAGCAGGCAGGAGCGGUGGAUGUGGCAUCUCGGAGUCCUUUUGCUUCCUGGUUCAGCGCCAUGCUGUGCUGCUUUGGAGGUGGAAUUUUGUCCUCUUUAUUGCUUGCUGAGCCUCCUGUUGCAAUCCUUACAAAUGGCGCUAACAUUAUUUAUGCAACAGUUGUUUGGUAUAUGGUCUACUACUUCCCAUUAGAUCUGUUCUACAGAUGCUUUUGUUUCCUACCUCUACGCGUUAUUGCUGCAGCAAUGAAGGAAGUCACCAGAACUUGGAAGAUCGUGGCUGGAGUCACUCAAGCACAUAGUCGCUUCAAAGAUGCCUUGUUAGUCAUGGUUGCCAAUGGCUGGGCAAAAGCUGCUGGCGGUGGCCUGAUCUCCAACUUUGAACAACUGGUGAGAGGUGUCUGGAAACCUGAAAGCAAUGAGCUUCUAAAGAUGUCAUACCCUGUAAAAAUUAGUUUAUUGGGAUCAAUUUUGUUCACAUUGCAACACAAUGAGCUACUUCCCAUUGAAAGACCCCACCUCAUGUUCAUCUAUACCAUGUUUCUUAUUACCGCAAAGGUAGGAAUGAUGCUGACACGGUCCUCUGCCUCUCCAUUCCAACCAGCAGAAGAGGUAAUAGGCCGCUUGCUGUUUGGAUUGCAACAAGACCCUAAAGUAACUAAAGAAAAAGUUACCACAAAGGAUAAAGAGGAACCGAAGGUCAAACGGAGUCCUUCCAAAGAACAAGCAGAUGGAGCAAGCAGUUCAGAACCCAGUGAAUCUACAAGGAAGAGAAAUGUUAAAAAGAGUGAAUGAAUCUAUGACAGAUCGAGUUUAACACUAACUUACUGUCAUAGCUAUUACAUAAAUGAUGAUCUAUCCUUGAAGUAGCCAAUGUGAUAAAGGCAAUGCAGGUUAUAAAUCUUAAAUACAGUAUUUUUCUGAUGAUACUUGAACAGUUAGCAGCAAGUUCACCUUUAGUUUAAAAUGGGAGAGAUUUGCAAUGUUUGGUAUAUAGUCCCUGGUAUUGGUGCACACCACCUUUUAGGGGUCAUGUUAAUAAGGGGUCAAUCCUCUGGUGCAUUCUCUCACUGGACAGCUACCUCAAACUGAUAUAAGUCACUACUGAAUCUAAUUUCUUAAGGAUGCACUUCCAGAAGAAGUUUUUUCGUUCUCGCCCAUUUGUAAUUCUGGCAGUAUACAUAAUUGAUCAUUUUAUUUUGGCCUCUGUUACUUGCAGCGUGAACCCAUCUCCAGAUCCCACAACUGUGUUGACAGGAAUUCCGUUUUUUUUAUUCCUUCCUGUGAGAGCCUCAACGUUGGUCUCAUAUGAAUGAAUGGGGAAACUGACCUCUGGUCCACAUAGCAGAAAGUGAAGGAUCCAGCAAAUUUUAUCAGAGACCACGUGAUGUAACAGGGGCUGGAGUAACAUCAAUUAAUCUCAAAGUCGUUUUGUUUUUUUUUGGAAACAAUGUAUGCCAGUACAUUUACAAACGGAGGCAACAUUUUUUUUCUGGGAGUAUUUCUUUAUUAAUAUACUGUACCAACUCUGACCUUGACCUAGGUAAAGAUGUCAAAUAUUGGGUCUCAUACAUGAAGAAUAAGGGUCAGAGUGGAGGUUGUUUUGUGAGCAAAGGAAAAAGAUUUGUUGGCGACUUGUUUCCUUAUAUACGUUCUACAGGGACAGUUAAAGGGAAGCUGCCAGGAGUUUUGUGCUGCUAGGUUCUAAUAGCUCCAGCACAUGCAAUUGAGUCCCGAUAUUCAUGAGCUUCUGGCUUUCUCAGAAUCCUGCCACUGAUUAAUUCAG